AUUCGCGCGCGCGAAAGACACAGACAGCUCGCUCUAAAAUGGCUGACGUGCUGGGCUCGCUAGGCUUCACACAAGACUUACCUGACGAUUCAGCUGAGCUUGACGACUUCCACUUGCUGUCCAACGCACUACGAAAUGAGCGGAAUACACAAGAUAUUCUGGAAUACAAACACGACUUGGUGGAGCGGGUACAGCGGAGACUGCAGGAGCAGGCGGACCGCGUCGACACCUGGAAGGAGGCGGGGAAAAACCAGUAUGACGAUGUGGACAUGUCGCUGCCCAUCCUCUGCUCCACGCUCAAUGUGAACCGCUUCCGGUUCCUGUUAAAAGCCUACUGGCGCGCGCGGCUACAGAAGAUUGAGCGCUUCGCCACGCUCAUCCUGGACAAGCAGGAGCUCCAACGCCACUGCUCUCCUCAGGAGCUGUCUCACUGCCUGCAGUACUUUGUGGCCGUGGGCAAGUGCCUGAAGGAGGUGGUGCUGGCGAAGCUGCCCGAGGAGUUCCAGACGCUGGUCCAGGAGUCCCAGCUGACGGAGGCUCGCGACAUGAUCCCGGCGCCGCGCCUGGAUCGCUGCGUGUUCAUCAAGCUGCUCAAGGACGCGGGACACGUGGCCGUGGAUGCCGAGGGCACGCAGCUGGUGGACAUGAAGGCGGGCGACAUCUACAUCAUCCAGUACAGCCUGGUGCAGAGGCUGGUGCAGCAGGACAUUGCAGUGCUCAUCUGAGGACGGGGAGGAGGAGGAGGAGGACGAGGACGAGGACGAGGAGCAGGAGUGCAGGGAGGCAGGGGAGCAUGGAGAUGCUGCUUGCGAGAGCGCGGCCUGUGGCCCUGCACGGUGGUGCAGCGAUGGUGGCGCCGGCGGUGCAGGGCCUGGCGGUGGCGGUGGCGGCGGCGGCGCAGGGCCUGGGCCCAGCAGGGGCGGCAUGCAUGUGCGUAGCUGAGGGGGCAGGCAAGGCCACGUGGAGGAGGAGAGCACGGCGCCAUCCGAAUGCGCGGGGCAGGAGAUCUGCGGAUGAGGGCAGCUGCCGAGGGUUCUGGUCGGGCUGAGUUGUGGUGUGUCAGGAGGGACAGCAGGUCAGCAAGUGGGCGCAGGGGGACAGGGGUUGCGGGUUGUCCUGCCUAGCGUGCAGCGGGUGUGCGAUGGGACAGUGUUAAGGCAGGUUGGUGAAGUCUCGUAGGGUGCAGCUAGCGUGCAGCGGGGAAGGCAGGCGGCAGCGGCAAGGAUGCUGGAGGUAGCGUGUCACGAACCCUGCCCUCCCAGCCUGUACCGGCCUGUGUGUCCAGUCCCAGCCUGUACCGGCGGUAAGCCGAGCAUGCACGCGGACUGCCCAGCGGGCAGCGGCUGGAGAUGGAGGUGUUGCCGGCUAAGGGGUGCGUCAAAAUUUCGUCAGCGCUAACUGCGGCGGAUCGGCGGCUGUCAACAGGACGGGGGGUCCAGACAACCGAGCCUCCGAAGAGGGCCGAUUGGGCCUCACUGUUGCAUUCGCCCAGGA